UAAUCAAAUUUUCCAAGAACUUCAAUUCUUUUUUGUUCUUUUGGUGUUUAAUUUUUGAUUCUUUGCUUUCUUGGCGUUUCUCUCUUACGCCAAGAAGGUUUUGAAGUUGGAAUUGAAGAGAAAUUUGUGCGAAUUUAUUAGUCUUUUUUUUUGAAUUUGACUCUUAAAUUCUCAACUGCGUUCGAUCCGAUCCGCCAUGUCCGCUCAUAAUCGCCGCCCGUCAUUUUCGUCGUCGACGUCGUCGUCGUUGGCUAAACGACAAGCGUCGUCGGCCUCGUCGUCCGAUAAUGUCGGAAAGGUUGUGGCAGUUCCGCCACACUUGGCGAAGAAGCGAGCGCCACUCGGUAACCUAACGAAUCUCAAGAGUGUGUCUCAUACUGCUGCUAAAAGCUCUGUUCCGCCUGCUAUGGUGCCUUGUGCAACCAAAGCUGUCAAGGCAAGGAAGAGUUCCCCUGCUAGAACUCGCAUUGGUAACUUGCCGGCGGUGACUCAUACAGCCACAUUGAUUGAUGUCAAAACGACGAAUUCAAUUGUCCCUAGCAAUGUUCCAGCAAUCUCAAGAACUGAUGCCACCGCCGUCUCUAGUAGUAUGGAUGUCUCUCCGACUAAAUCAGAUGGAGUGUCACUUUCCUUAGAUGAAACUAUGUCUACUUGUGAUUCUUUUAAGAGUCCCGACGUUGAGUACAUGGACAAUACUGAUGUCCCAGCUGUUGAUUCCGUUGAGAGGAAAACUAAAACCAGUCUCUGCAUUUCAGGUCAUCCACCAAUUAAAGGUAGCAUAUGCAAUAGAGAUGCACUUGCUGAAAUGGAAACAGAUAGCGAUAUCAUUGAUGUUGAUACCGAUUUCAUGGAUCCCCAGCAAUGUGCUACAAUUGCUUGUGAUAUUUACAAGCACUUGCGAGCAUCUGAGGCUAAGAAAAGGCCUUCUACAGAUUUCAUGGAGAAAAUUCAGAAGGAUGUAAAUUCAAAUAUGCGUGCCAUACUGAUUGAUUGGCUUGUGGAGGUAGCAGAAGAGUAUAGGCUUGUGCCAGAUACUUUAUAUUUGACAGUGAACUACAUCGAUCGAUACCUAUCGGGAAACUUGAUGGAUCGACAACGAUUACAGUUGCUUGGUGUUGCUUGCAUGAUGAUUGCUUCAAAAUAUGAAGAGAUCUGUGCACCUCAAGUGGAAGAAUUUUGUUACAUAACUGAUAACACAUACUUUAAAGAAGAGGUAUUGCAAAUGGAAUCUUCUGUCUUGAAUUACUUGAAGUUUGAAAUGACGGCUCCAACACCGAAAUGUUUCUUAAGGCGAUUUGUUCGAGCUGCUCAAGGGUCCACCGAUGAGGUUUCGUCGAUGCAGCUGGAAUGCUUGUCCAACUUCCUAGCUGAAUUAUCUCUUUUGGAAUACAGUAUGCUAUGCUACGCACCGUCGCUCGUAGCUGCGUCGGCAAUCUUCUUGGCAAAGUUCAUACUUGUCCCAACUAAGAGACCAUGGAACUCGACCUUGCAGCAUUAUACACAUUAUCAGCCAUCCGACCUUGUCGAGUGCGUUAAGGAUUUACAUCGCCUCUGCUGUAACGCCCACAAUUCUAGCUUACCAGCCAUCAGAGAGAAAUACAGCCAGCAUAAGUACAAGCACGUGGCGAAGAAGUAUUGCCCUCCGACGAUACCGCCAGAGUUCUUCCAGACUCAAACACAGUAGAUUUGUACUCCAAUUGCGGCUCUGUUGGAUUAGUAGCAGCCUGACUUAGCAGCAAAAGUUAGAGACUAGAACAAGACUAGAGAGACAUAAAAUACUCCCUUUGUAAGCUUUUGAAUGUAGCCAUAGCCAAUGCCACUGGUUUUUUCUACAUAAUGUCGUCGGGAUCUCCGCGGUUUGUUGUAAUGUUGUAGCGAAUUACUGAAUACCAAAAUGCUGAGAUUUGUACAAAGAAAA